AUGAUCCGCUACUCGAAGCAGCAGCUCUUGUCCUUACGCCCUGCGGCAAUCGAGCACGUCAUGAGAGGCCGCGUCGUGGAUCAUCCGCCGUUCCUGAAGAUUCCGGAGAGCUUUGCGCCGCUACUCAGCUUGCCAUUUGCGAUGGAAUACGUUAACGUGGACGCUGCGAUGCAGCUUGUCGAGCAUCGAUCGUAUGCAAGCCGACCUGCCUCAUCGCCGCCCACUAGCGUUGCCCGCACCGAGGACCUCGACGACGAGGCGCAAGCGCGCCUGUACACCUGCCCUGUAUGCGCUCAGGGCAGGCUCCAUUCCUGCACUGCCAUACAACACAUCCUUCAGCGAACAAGCCGGUACUUUAUGUCGACCAAGCUGGGAGCGGCUCUCAUGCAGCCGGCGCUGGUUGUGGAGUCACUGCUGCAGCUCGCGCUGGUGUUUGAUGCGAAACAAAGCUCCUUGCGCUUGCGCAUGCUGGCGGAGCAGAGCCCUCGUGUGGUGCAUCUCGUCGAGGAGUACCUGUGUGGCGAGGGGUACCACCUCCCACUGCCGCCCGUCACGGCGCACGAGGACUGGGCGGCGCUCAACGCCAUGCUGAGGUUCGACGCCAUCCGCGACAACAAAACCCGCGUCAUCACGGACCUGUCGAAGCACUGGAAGAAGCGUCGCACGCAGUUUGAGCAGUUUGUCUACUUUUUUGCCUUCCGCGACGCGCGGCCGGUGAGGCCGGCCAAGAACAUCAUCACAAAGUCCGCGAAGCCUGGCAUGGUGGCCAUGCUGACGGGGGACGUGCCGGCCAUGGUUCUGCUUCACCGCUUAGGCUUCUUUAUUCCACCAGACUAUUACUGGAAAGUCUUCCCGUUCCUGCGUCAGGCGCUUGGUGAGGGCACCCUGUCGUAUGACGUUGUGCGGCAUCUCGGUCUCUACCUUUCCUCGGCUCAGCCAGCGGACAUGUACAACCCAGUCGAGGUGCCUAUACACGCGUAG